GAAGAGAACACUAUCACUGUAGAGACUUCAGAAGGCAACUUCGAGAUUCCGACUGAUGUCAUGACCGAGUUGACUGAGAAUGUAGACCAAGAGAAAAUAACACACAUCAUAUUCUACAUGAUUAAAGUUGUGCAGAAAAUGAAAAUUCCGAACAGCAAGAUCACUCCUGAUAUUGCUAUCAAUAUGUUGGAGAAGGAGUUCCCUGACUGUAUUUUCAUUUUCGAGAAAUUGAAGACGACUAUAAAGAAAACUCUCAUCACCUGGAAGAAGAAGAUUCCUACUCCAACUGAGGAAACCGAUUUAUUACCAGAAUACGUUGAUGAGACAACUGAGCAACCGGAAAAUCCUGAUGAGAUUGGUGAAGAAACUACAGAAGAGAACACUAUCAC